AUCAAAUGAUAAGAAAAUAGUAGCUUUUAAAAAUCUACUCAGAAUUUAGAAAAUAUAGCCUUCACCACAAUUUUUUCUACGUUCACUUCUUAUUGAUAGUGUAAAAAUAAUUUGAAGUUUAAAAUAAUAUUUAUUCUUAAAUUUAUGUGUAGAAAUUAUCAUUGUGAUAUCAUUUUCUUUUUUUUAUUUAUUCAAACUGAAGCUAGACUUCAUUUGUUAGUUGAUGUCAGACUUUUCUAAAUAUCACUUGUUAUUUGGAAAGGAAAUUAUACCAAAUAAGUAGUAAGUUAUUUAUAGCCAGGUGUGAAGUGUGAUACAAAGCUCAUUACGAUUCUUCUUCUUCUUCUUCUUGACAUUUCCAGCUGGGAAAAACUCUUGCAGCAAACAAAUUUGAAGAAGUCAUGAACCCAUUACACACAAUCGCGUUUCUCUCCAUCCUCUCUCACCUCCUCACCCACUCCUCAUCCAAAGUCUCUAUCUCCGUCACCCCAAAAUCCGUUCCCAAAUCGGGCGAGCCCGUCACGAUCAAAUGGAGCGGCGUGGACUCGCCGUCGCAUCUGGAUUGGCUCGGAAUCUACACCCCAGCAAACUCUGCCCAUCGCCACUUCAUCGGCUACAUCUUCCUCUCCUCGUCUUCGGGGUGGCAGUCCGGGUCGGGCUCGAUCACGAUCCCGCUCGUCAACAUGAGAUCCGACUACCAGUUCCGGAUCUUCCACUGGACCGAAUCCGAGAUCAACCCGGACAAGCUGGACCACGACCACAACCCCCUGCCGAGGACCAAGCACCUCCUCGCCCAGUCCGACCCGGUCUCUUUCGAACCGGGUCGGGGACCCGAACAGAUCCACCUGGCGCUAACAGGCGGGGACGGAGAGAUGCGGGUCAUGUUCGUGACCACUGAUGGGAAGGAGAGCUUUGUGAAAUACGGGUUGACCCGAGAUGAAUUGGAUGCAAUUGCGGGUACGGAGGUGGCCCGGUAUGAGAGAGAGGAUAUGUGUGAUGCGCCGGCCAAUGACAGCGUCGGAUGGAGGGAUCCUGGCUAUAUUCAUGAUGGGGUGAUGGUUGGGUUGAAGGAUGGGAAAAGGUAUUAUUAUCAGGUGGGUAGUGAUUCAGGGGGUUGGAGCACAACGUACACCUUUGUGUCGCCAAUAAAGGAUUCCAGUGAGACGAUAGCUUUCUUGUUCGGAGACAUGGGGACUGCUACACCGUACUCAACUUAUGUGCGCAUUCAGGAGGAAAGCAUCUCCACCAUUAAGUGGAUAAGUAGAGAUCUCGAAGCUAUUGGCAACAAGCCUUCCUUAAUCUCGCAUAUUGGAGAUAUAAGCUACGCGAGAGGCUAUUCUUGGUUGUGGGAUAACUUCUUCUACCAGAUAGAACCGGUGGCCUCCAAAGUUCCAUACAUGGUUUGCAUUGGCAAUCACGAAUAUGAUUGGCCGUUGCAGCCUUGGAAGCCCGACUGGUCCAACGCGGUCUAUGGCAAAGACGGAGGUGGAGAGUGUGGGGUGCCUUACAGUCUUAGGUUACACAUGCCGGGGAACUCCUCAGAGUCAACCGGAUCAAGAGCCCCUGCUACGAGGAAUCUUUAUUACUCAUUCGACAUGGGGGUAGUCCAUUUCGUUUAUUUUUCGACAGAGACUAAUUUCUUAGCUGGGAGUAAACAGUACGACUUCUUGAAGAAGGAUCUUGAAUCAGUGAACAGAACCAAGACGCCUUACGUUAUUGUCCAAGGGCACAGGCCGAUGUACACCACGAGCUACGAGACAAGAGACCGCCCCUUCAGGGAGAGGCUCCAAGAUCACUUGGAGCCUCUUCUUGUGAAGAACAAUGUGACACUAGCAUUAUGGGGUCAUGUACAUAGAUACGAGCGAUUUUGUCCUCUAAAUAACUUCACUUGUGGAAGCUUGGGCAUCGAGGGGGAGAAAUGGGAGGCGUACCCUGUGCAUGUGGUGAUUGGGAUGGCCGGGCAGGACUGGCAGCCAAUUUGGCAGCCAAGGCCCGACCAUCUGACUGCUCCCAUCUUCCCCCAGCCCGUUAGGUCACUGUAUCGUGGUGGUGAGUUUGGUUAUGUGAGAUUGGUUGCCAACAGGGAGAAGCUCACGCUGUCCUACGUGGGAAACCACGACGGAGAGGUGCAUGAUGCCGUGGAGAUCUUGGCCUCGGGGCAGGUCUUGAAUGGUGCGGGACGUGUUGCUAGCAGCAAUGACAGUAGCGUUGCUGCUAAUCACGGGCUUGGUUCGAGAGUUUCGUGGUAUGUUGGAGUUGCGAGUGUGAUUGUGCUUGGAGCUUUUCUAGGGUAUGUUUUGGGUUACGUUUCGCGUGCGCGAAGGGAAGGUGCUUCGCAGGCGAAAUGGACUGCUGUAAAGAGCGAGGAGACAUGAAUGAGAGAAGGGAGUGCUCAAGAAUUAUAAGGUAGUUUUGCUGGGAUUUUUUGUUUGGAGCUGUUGCUGUAUGUAAUAGUUGAAGAGAUGCAAUGUUGAAAUUAAGAAAGACCGCUUUUGGCAUCUGCCUUCUUCCUCCAAGGAUUCUCUGCUUGUGGUUUCGAGAGAAAGAGAGAGAGAGAGAGAGAUGCUUAUUUCUGCACUGUUUUAUACUUUUAUGUGAUGUAAAUGUAGUCAUAGUAUACCUCUUAAAAUAAAGUCAGUGCAUAUAUUCUUGAUAGCCUUUGUAAAUUCAUACAUGUAAGCAAGUUUAUGCAGAAGAAAUUGUUUUUUGUGUUGAGAAGAAAUUAUGUACAUGGCAUCAGCCCAUGUUAGUUAAUUUUCAAUGGGAUCUCUGCAGCAUCUUGCUUCUUGCAGAGCGCUACAUCUUCCUGUUAAGGGAAAUAUUUGGCGUCUUGACACCAAGUUGGGGAAGAAUUCUUUUGAUGUUAAUAAACAGCGAAUGGUGAUUGCUCCUACGCUGAUAUUUUUGUUUUCGUUAACUUCACUGUUCGAUACAUCUGAAUUCCUAGAGGUGAAGAAUAAAGUGGUUCGUGAAAUCAUAGAAUCCAGUAAGGGUCAUCAAUUACUGUUUGAUCAAAUCCUCCAGGAAGAUCUUUCAGAUGCUGAUGAACUGAAACGGAAAUAAUCAACCUCGUUGUGGGUAAUACUUAGCAAGGUUUGGCCAUAUGAAGAGAGUGACAAAUAUGGAUUUGUUCAAGGGCUCUUUGGAAUGAUGAGUUCUCUUUUCUCUCGCAACUCGGACUUUUUCAAUUCAAUAGAAUCUGUGAGGCCAGAGAACUGGCAGAAAGCUGAUGUGAGCAUAUCCUGUCUCUGCUUUAGUUUGAGCACAUACCUUUAUUUUCUUGUUACAAAGAAGUCCCUAAGGCUGCGAGUUUCAGUGGUGCUACUGCUUCUGCAUCCCAACAGCCUACACUGGCUUUGCUUGCUACAUUCCUUGGUAACCUAGCAACUGCAGUUGAAAAAGCUGUGGGGGAACAAUAUUUGUUGCUCAACAAGUUCAUAUGCACAUGAUUACAGACGUUCUCAUAAAGCAAUUGAAUAUGACACCUCUCUAGAUGAUAACGAGGACAUGCUUUCGCUUUGUGGAGAACUAAUUUCUACUCUUGAGAGACUUGAAUUGCUGAGCAAGGAUAAAACAGGGCACAGCCUCGAAGUUGAAGGAAAUGCCAAUUGAGAAGCUAUGUGCUUGAUGUUUAAUUUCUGUGUAUGUUGUAUCCUAGUUUGUAUUGAGUGAUCUAGUUGCCUCAUUUAUCAAAUAACUUUGUAUGCUGCAGAUGAAUCAAAUGGAGUCUGGAGCUUCUAUGUAUGUAACAUUAUAUAUUUGUUUAUAGAAGGUCAUGUCCAUCAAAAUAGACGUUUCAAUUA